CCUUAAAAUAAUUUUAUGUGAUGUGUAACGAUGUAGAGCCUUGUGAAGGUGUCAGUACAUUUUCCUGAUAAUACACAACAUAACAUACUUUUUCAAACAUUUUCAAUUCAUUUUUUAAAAAAAGAAAACCUUGUAAAAAUGUACUCUUUCUUUUCUUUUUUGUAUUAGUGUUUCUGAGUAUCUCUUUCACCAAUUCGAUCCUUUUGGGCUGAAAUAUUUCUCUUUAAUAUCAGAUUUCAAGGCGAGAAGUAGGUUUAGGAAAAUAAGUAUCAGCUGUUGCUUCUCUAAAGGUUUUCACGUUUAAUCUUCGCCAACUAGAGGUCAGAGUCGACCCAAACUUCCUAAUUAACUUCUCACCUCACGUGACCAGCCAGUUAAAGUUCUUUCUCAAAGUUUGUUUCCGCGUUUUGACGCACGUUGAGUGUCAUUGUAACUGAACGGAGCCGAACACGGGAGGAGACGCCAGGAGGGAGGAGGAAGUAAGAGGAGGGGAGAGCAUGAGAGAGGGAGGGGAAUGCAGGAGGAGGGAGUGGGAAGACGGGAGGAAAACAUUAGCCCUCGUUUCUCCCCGUAGUCCGGAGCUUUUCUUGUGUUUUUCUUGCCUCAAAAAACCGCAGACAGACGCGCGGCUCAGGCGGCACCACACGAAGCCAGGACGCACGAUCGGUAUGAUGGACAGAUAGCAGAGGGAGGAAGAGGAAAAGAAGAUGUCGUUCUUUGGCCUGGACUGUUUCAGGAAGGAAGAGAGAGAGUUGGAGAGGAAACUCCGAGCCAAUGACAGAGAAUACAACCUCUCCUUCAAAUAUGCAACCAACGCCAUCAAGACCUCCAAGUACAACCUGUUCACCUUCCUACCUCUCAACCUGUUUGAGCAGUUCCAGCGGAUCGCUAACGCCUACUUCCUCUUCCUGCUGGUGCUCCAGGUGAUUCCUCAGAUCUCCUCUCUGUCCUGGUUCACCACCGUCGUGCCUCUGGUCCUCGUGCUGUCGGUCACCGCCGCCAAGGAUGCAACCGACGAUAUCAAUCGCCACAGGAGCGACAACCAAGUGAACAACCGCAAAGUUCAAGUCCUCAUUGAUAGAAAGUUACGAAGCGAGAAAUGGAUGGACGUCCAGGUAGGAGACAUCAUCAAGCUGGAAAACAACCAGUUUGUCACUGCCGACCUCAUGUUGCUCUCCAGCAGCGAACCGCUCAACCUUGUGUACAUCGAGACGGCAGAACUGGACGGAGAGACGAACCUGAAGGUGAGACAGGCUCUGCCGGUGACCGGAGACCUGGGAGAUGAUAUUGAGAAACUGGCGGACUUUAACGGUGAGGUACGAUGCGAACCCCCCAACAACCGCCUGGACCGCUUCACGGGAACGCUGGCCUUCGCCGGUCAGAAAUACCCGCUGGACAACGAGAAGAUCCUGCUGCGAGGCUGCACGCUGAGGAACACCGACUGGUGCUUUGGUCUGGUGCUGUUUGGAGGUCCAGAGACGAAACUGAUGCAAAACUGCGGGAAGAGCACGUUCAAGAGGACGAGUAUCGACCGUCUGAUGAACGUUCUGGUCCUCUGUAUUUUCGGUUUCCUGGCCUGCAUGUGCAUCAUCCUGGCAAUAGGAAACUACCUCUGGGAGCUGAACAGCGGCGCCCACUUCACCGUCUUCCUGCCGAGGCUGGACGGAAACGACGCUGGCUUCUCCGCAUUUCUCACCUUCUGGUCCUACGUCAUCAUCCUCAACACUGUGGUGCCCAUUUCUCUCUACGUCAGCGUGGAGAUCAUUCGGCUGGGGAACAGCUUCUACAUCGACUGGGACAGGAAGAUGUACUACGCUCGCUACGACACCCCCGCCGAGGCCCGGACCACCACGCUGAACGAGGAGCUCGGCCAGAUCAAGUACGUCUUCAGCGACAAAACUGGAACGCUCACGCAGAACAUCAUGACCUUCAACAAGUGCUCCAUCAACGGCAAAUGCUACGGAGAUGUGUUCGACUACACGGGCCAAAGGCUGGAAAUCACUGAGCACACAGAGACGGUGGACUUCUCCUUCAACCCGCUGGCCGACUCUCGCUUCAUGUUCCACGAUCACGCCCUGGUGGAGGCGGUGAAGCUGGAGAACCCGGAGGUCCACGCUUUCUUCAGGCUGCUGGCGCUCUGCCACACCGUCAUGGCCGAGGAGAAGAAGGAAGGUGAGCUCUUCUAUCAGGCCCAGUCUCCAGACGAAGGAGCUCUGGUGACAGCAGCCAGAAACUUUGGCUUCGUCUUCCGCUCACGAACCCCGGACAGCAUCUCCAUCGUGGAAAUGGGAAAACAGCGCAGCUACGAGCUGCUGGCCAUCCUGGACUUCAACAACGUCCGCAAGAGGAUGUCCGUCAUAGUGCGGAGUCCAGAGGGGAAGCUGUCUCUCUACUGUAAAGGUGCAGAUACGAUCGUCUACGAGAGGCUGCAUCAGUCCUGCAGCAAACUGAUGGACGUCACCACGGAGCACCUUAAUGAAUUUGCAGGGGAGGGACUGCGGACUCUGGCGCUCGCCUACAAGGAUCUGGACGAGGAGUACUUUGAGCAGUGGAAACAGCGCCACCACGAGGCCAGCGUUGCUCUGGACGACAGGGAGGGCAAACUGGACCAGCUGUACGAGGAGAUAGAGAAAGAUCUCCUGCUGCUCGGAGCAACAGCCAUAGAAGACAAGUUACAAGACGGAGUUCCUCAGACGAUCGAGCAGCUGUCCAAAGCCGACAUCAAAAUCUGGGUUCUGACCGGCGACAAGCAAGAAACUGCAGAAAACAUCGGUUAUUCGUGCAACCUGCUGCGGGAAGAAAUGAACGAGGUCUUCAUCGUCUCCGGAAACUCACAUGAGGACGUCAGACAGGAGCUGAGGUCAGAGGAAGUUUAAAAAAAUGUUUUUUUUACUAUCAGAUUAUGAAAUGUUUCCACGCAUGCAUACAUUGUUUGUUUUUUGUUGUUGUUUUGGAGCAGAAAUGCACGCAUCUCCAUGAAACCAGAUGCAGCAGAGAACUCUGUGUUUUUGCCAGAAGGCGCUCCAAGGAAAAGUGUGAAAGUGAUCACAGAUGAGGUGGUUAACGGAGAGUACGGUCUGGUCAUCAACGGACACAGUCUGGCGUACGCUCUGGAGCACAGCUUGGAGCUGGAGUUCCUGAAGACGGCCUGCAUGUGUAAAGCAGUGAUCUGCUGCAGGGUGACUCCUCUGCAGAAAGCUCAGGUGGUGGAGCUGGUGAAGAAGUACAAGCGGGCCGUCACUCUGGCCAUCGGAGACGGAGCCAAUGACGUCAGCAUGAUUAAAGCGGCUCACAUAGGUGUGGGGAUCUCCGGCCAGGAGGGGAUGCAGGCCGUGCUGUCCAGCGACUACUCCUUCGCCCAGUUCCGCUUCCUGCAGCGCCUCCUGCUGGUUCACGGCCGCUGGUCCUACCUGCGCAUGUGCAAGUUCCUGCGUUACUUCUUCUACAAGAACUUCACCUUCACCUUCGUCCACUUCUGGUUCGCCUUCUUCUGCGGCUUCUCUGCUCAGACGGUGUACGACGAGUGGUUCAUCACGCUCUACAAUCUGGUGUAUACAGCAUUGCCUGUCCUGGGGAUGAGCCUGUUUGAGCAGGAUGUGAACGACGUGUGGAGUUUCCAGCAUCCUCAGCUCUACGUUCCCGGUCAGCUCAACCUGUACUUCAGUAAAAAGGCCUUCUUCAAGUGCGCCCUGCACAGCUGCUACAGCUCCCUGGUGCUCUUCUUCAUCCCCUACGCCGCCAUGCACGACACGGUGAGGGAUGACGGGAAGGACGUGGCCGACUACCAGUCCUUCGCCCUCCUCACGCAGACUAGUCUGCUGUUUGCCGUCACCAUACAGCUGAGCUUGGAGAUGUCGUACUGGACGGCGGUCAACACGUUCUUCGUCCUGGGCAGUCUGGCCAUGUACUUCGCUGUCACAUUCACCAUGUACAGCAACGGCAUGUUCAUCACGCUGCCGUCAGCCUUCCCUUUCGUAGGAACGGCUCGAAACUCUCUGAACCAGCCCAACGUUUGGCUGACCAUCUUCCUCACCUCCAUCCUGUGCGUGCUUCCUGUGGUCACCUACCGAUUCCUGCUGAUUCAGCUCUGCCCCACCAUCAACGACAAGAUAAUGUUUAAGGUGAGACAGGCCAAAGCUUUGCCUCCUCCUCCGCCUCGACGCACUCGUAUCCGCCGCACCAGCUCCCGCCGUUCGGGCUACGCCUUCUCGCACGCGCAGGGCUAUGGCGACCUGGUGACAUCAGGUUGGUUCCUGAGGCGACCCGCCAUCUCGAGAUCUUCAGGCUUCGGCCACGCGGGUCGAACCACCACAGGCUUCAGUCCAAUGGGACGAUCAGCUGGUUACAGCCCGACCGGACGCCCUCAGAACGCCAAAGCCCCGGACGUGGAGGUGACGUCUCUGCAGAUGUACAGAACUAUCACAGAUCCUGCGCUCUGACGGACAGCAGACUGAAUCUAUGUUUGGAGAUAAGCUGGGAGCAAGAAGAACGUGGACAGCUGCAUGUUGGAGUUUAUGAAGCUCCUGUUUGAGAACUUGCUCGGGCUUUCCAUGAAGAUUUUCAAUGAUCCGCCUCUCAUCUGUCAGACAUGAGGUUUGGAAACUUUUGCUCCACAUUCUGAAAACCAAAGGGAACUACGGCAACAAGUGUAGCUGCUUCUGAUGGGUCGCGUCCUUUAGAUCCUGAGGGUUCAUGUAAAACGUGCCUCACGCAGAGCAACAGGUGAGAGGAUGAAGUAAUCAGGACGAGCAACAGGGUGAUUCUUGUUCAAUAGGAACUACAGAAGAGGAAGAGCUUCAUGUCCAGAGAAGGACAAAGUGUCAUCGUGUUUACAGGCGACCCAGACUUUCCGAACGCUGGGAGUCCGGACGCACAGCUGGGCUUUGUGCAGAGGAAACAACCAGCGAAGCCAUGGUGCACAAAAUAUUUUAAUUUUGUACCUUUGCGAGUCUUUUUAAUGCGUUUUUUUUUUUUCCUAUCUUGAAAACUGUACAAGUAGUCGGCACUUUGGCAGCGUCGUAUGGGAGUGGAAGAUAACGGAGAGUUUAAAAUCAGGAAAAUGUGGAAAACUGCUCCCAGAAAACCCCUUUGAAUCCAUUAGUCACCAACUAUUAAACUAAUCGUCACCUUAUUUGAUAGUUUCUCAUUUGAUUUAAUUCAAAUUUAGGGGG